CACAGCCCGAUUUUGCCCACCGGGAGUUUCAUCGUGGAGCAAGAGAAGGGAAUCUAGGGUUUUGCGGGUUUCUCCUCUCCUCUCCUCUCCUCUCCUCUGCUGUUGCAUCUUCUUCAAUGGCGAUGGAGCAGAUCACGGAGGGAGUCAGCAGCAUCGCCCUGACCGACGGCGACUCCUCCUCCGUCAAGAAGAACAACCGCAUCCAGGUCUCCAACACCAAGAAGCCCCUCUUCUUCUACGUCAACCUCGCCAAGAGAUAUAUGCAGCAGUACAAUGAGGUGGAGCUUUCUGCUCUCGGGAUGGCUAUUGCGACAGUGGUCACCAUCGCGGAAAUUCUGAAGAACAAUGGAUUUGCUGCCGAGAAGAAGAUCACAACAUCAACUGUUGGUAUCAAGGAUGAAUCAAGAGGGCGACCUGUCCAAAAGGCCAAGAUAGAGAUAUUGCUGGGGAAGUCAGAGAAGUUCGACGAGUUGAUGGCGGCGGCUGCUGCAGAGCAGGCGGCUGCUGCUGCUGCUGCAGAGCAGGCUGAUGCUGGAGCCACUGAAGAGCAGGAGAGUUGAAAACUUGAAAGGGCGUCACCAUUUACCAUUUGCUUCGUGGUCUAGGACUAAACAUGAUCUGUAGAAUAGUCCCUGAUUGAGUUUGUAGCCCUUGAAAUUUUGUAGGAACGAGAAUCAAGUCCAAUCUGUUGUCCGUUUCUUUUUUCAAUGAAUUUUUCCUGUUGAUGUCAUGAUUCGCAUGCCGCGCAGAUGCGAGACUGUGUGUGGAAGUAAUCAUUCUGGGUUGUUGAAGAGGCAUAGGAUGUUGAAGAGGC